CUGAAGUUGUCACACAGUAUUUGAAACUGACAGUAUUCCAGCUGCUUAAAAUCAGAGAGCAUCCUAAGAACUAAACCUCUUCCUCUUUAGUCUGUCCUGACUCACUUGCUGUGGGGGACAAGGAUUUUGCUGACAGAGUAUACUAAAUGAAUAUUUCUUUAUGGUAGUCAUGCCUAGUCAAUAAGGAAGACAAAUCGGAGAACUACAAACCGUCGCUCUCAGCUAAUGUAACCUUCCAAUGCAGGAAACUCCAUGUAAUCUGUUUUCCACACUGGAUUAAGGAAGGAAUCAAACAAACAAACAAACAAAGCAAGUCCCAAUGAAACCCACAUACAGCUCUUCCGGAAACAGCAGCAAUUGCAGCAGUGGUAACAACAUCAGUCAAGUCCUCUUUCCCUUGCUGUACACAUGUAUUUUCUUUAUAGGCAUCAUUAUGAAUGGGCUUGCCAUGGGAGUCUUUUUCCAGAUCUCCAGCAAAUCUAAUUUUAUUGUCUUUCUCAAAAACACAGUCAUUUCUGACAUCCUCAUGAUCUUAACAUUUCCAUUCAAAAUUCUCAGUGAUGCAAAACUGGUGUCCUGGGAAUUGAGAGGCUUCGUUUGCAAGGUGACCCAGGUGGUGUUUUAUUUCACCAUGUACAUCAGUAUUAUUUUCUUGGGCCUUAUAACUAUUGAUCGCUAUAUGAAAACUGCCAGGCCUUUUAAAUCAUCAAGUAUCAACAAUGUAUUGGCAGCUAAGAUUCUAUCCAUAUUUAUCUGGAUAUUCAUGUUCUCUCUCUCCCUUCCAAACAUGAUUCUGACGGACAAUAAGCCAACACGUGAGAAUGUGAAGAAAUGUGCUGAUCUGAAAUCUGAUUUUGGGUUAGUGUGGCAUGAGAUUGUUAACUAUGUCUGCCAGUUUAUCUUCUGGGUUAACUUUGUCAUCAUAAUAAUAUGCUACACACUCAUAACAAAAGAGUUGUACAAAUCCUAUAAAAGAACAAGAUGUAUGGGAAAGGCAAACAAGAAGACAGUGAAUAUCAAAGUUUUCAUCAUUAUUGGUGUGUUUUUCGUCUGCUUUGUGCCUUUCCAUUUUGCCAGAAUUCCUUACACCUUAAGCCAAACAAGAGAUGCCUUUGAGUGCUCAACCCAGAAAACAUUGUUUUACAUAAAAGAGAGCACCUUAUGGUUGACAUCACUGAAUGCAUGCCUGGAUCCAUUCAUAUAUUUUGCCCUCUGUAAAUCCUUUAGGAAGUCCCUCCUCAAAACACUGCAUAAAUGUGCGAUCCAAACCAGAGGGGAUCAGAGCACCGAAACGACAGAUGAUGAGGAGACACCAAUGUAGACUGAAAUAUUUCAAGGGAAUACUUAAAAUACAGAAACAGGAGUGAAAGCUUAGAGUAAAAAUGAAUGUAUGUAUUGAAGAGUAUCCAAAACUGCUUUGAAUAUAUUGUAUGGAUCUCUUGUAGGUCUACAAGACAGCACAUGUAGUCCAUGAUACUAACAACUAGCUGCUGUAUGAGACAUCCCCACAAGAAUCACUACUGAAUUAUCUUUCAAUGCCAUGGCAAUACAUACCAAAAGACCACAGAGAAAAACUGAAAGGGGGAUUUUAAAAUAUUCCCUACAGUAAAUGCACACUGAACAAAAGAAGGGCCCACAUAUUUUGAUACAGUAUAUUCAUUCCUACUAGUGAAGUAUAAAAAACAGAGAGGAAGGUAAUAAAAGCUUAAAUUACAUCAAAAAUAUAUAGCUAAAUUGCUCAAGACUUGUAUUCAUAAAACAUAAUUUAGUUGUAUAACUUUCCAGUCAAGAACUCUGUAGUACCAUUAGCAGAAACGAGCUUUCAUAGGCUUUGUGAAGCCCAGCUCCAAGGUUUGCCAGAGACUGCCUGGGUUUUAACUACCUGCAUUGAUAGAACAGGAAGCAGGAACACCAGCAGUAGUAGGGAUGUGCAUGGAACUGGCUGGCCCGGUUUGGUUCAAGUCCAGUUCGGACUCGAACCUGACUGGACCAGUUCGGUCUGGCACCCCUUAGAACCCCGCCCCCCUCCAGUUUGGUUGGGUCUGGGGGGAGUUUGCAAUUUUUUUUAAAAAAAAGUUUCCUUUAGCCCCUUCGGAGGGGGCUUCCUCUAGGGGGGAAUACAGGCGGGUCCACAAAGGUUCCCCUUCCCCCCCCCCGCCAGCCUCGCUCAUCGCCUCCAUGGCCCAUUUGGACCUCCGUAUGCUGAUGCGGCGGCCAUGUUGCUCCCCGCUGCGCAUGCACAAAUGGCCUCUGUGAGGCCUGGCCUGGCCCAGGGCCUCGUAGAGGCCAUUUGCGCAUGCACGGCAGCGGCCAACAUGGCUGCCAUGCCAGCAUACAGAGGCCCAAAUAAAGCAGCCGAACAGGCCACAGCAGUGAUGAGCAAGGCCAGUGGGGGAGGGGGAACCUUCACUGACAUAACCCCCACAGCCUAGAGGAAGCCUCUCAAAGGGCUAAAGCUAAACAAAUUUUUUUUAAAAAAUAAAUAAAUCAUGAAACACCCCCCCCCCCAAAUCCAUCGGUGGGGUUCGGUCCGAGGUCGGACCAAACAGGUGGGGGGGGCGGUUCACCCUGAACAGUAGAACUAACCGGUUUGACCUCAAACAGGUUCAGGGUCAAACCUGUUUGCACAUCCCGAACCAGCAGUGAAAGGCAAUGUUAUGGAACGUUCCUUCAUGGAAAAUAAAACUAUUUUAUAUUUACAAGUGCUUUUCUUCAAGAAGAGGCUCUUGGUUCAAAAUCAAUUCUAGCUUUUUAAUAUAAUAAUAUUCUGUGGUGCAUAGAUUCUGCCUUUUAGGAUCGACCAUCAACAAUAAAGAAUCUAACAGUCAAGAAAUAUGCCACAGACUAGCACUUGCUAAGGUUCCAAUGAAGGCCUUGGAAAGGAUAUUUAGAUGCUGUGACGUGUCUACCUACAAAGAUUAGAAUAGUUUGGACAAUGGUUUUUCCUGUGACAUUCUUUGGACAUGAAAGGUGGACUUUGAAGAAGCAAGAUAGAAAAGGUAUUGACACUUGUGAACUGUGGUGCUGGAGAAGCCUUUUGAGGAGUUCAUGGAUAGCCAGGAAAACAAACAAAUGGAUAAUUGAACAAAUCAAUCCAGAACUUUCACUUGAGGCACAAAUGACCAGGCUCAAACUAUCAUAGUUUGGAUACAUUAUGCGAAAACCCAGUUUCCUUGAGAAGUCCAUAAUGCCGGGAAAAGUUGAAGGAAAGAGAAGAAGAGGAACAGAGGAUGAAGGUGGAUGGACUUGAUUAUGACAACAAUGAACGCACACAGAGAGACCUUAAAGGCCAAGUUGAAGACAGAUCAUCCUGGAGAGAAUCUAUGUGGUCGCUAAGAGUCAACACCGACUUGACGGCACUUAAUCAAUCAAUCAAUCAAUCCUGUUGCAUGUUUUGAAGUCUUUCCUCUUCCUUAUUUGGAUUACUUGUUCUACCUAUUCGUGUAGCUUUCUUUAUAAAUCAAAAUCUCUUUGGAUGCUUUAUUUGCUUUGAGUGCACUAAAGGACAUAAGCAGCUCCUUUCUAUGUAUCCUGCAAUCACCUAGAUGUUUCAUUGCAAGUGCUGCUUUGAUUCCAGGAUCCAUCAAACAGAAUAGAGAAUUCAUUUCCUUUUUCUGAAUGACAUCCAAAUGAACAUAUUUCCCUUCUUGCUACAUAAUUAUAUAUUACUAAACAGUUUUCAAACCAACCACAGAACUUGUAAUUGUGUCAGAAGUUCAUUUCAAAAAGACAUAUUUGAGAUUUCUAAUACUAAAUGCAUUUACGAAAUAACCAGAAAUGCAGCUUGUUUCUAUUAUAAUGAUGUAGUAUCCUUUAACUGCUCAACGAAAGACUAGCAACAGCAAACAAAACACCUGUAGAGCAAAGAGAAAAUGCCUAUGGAGGCAGCUUACUGACUGAUAUGCAGUUUUAUCAAUAACAUAUAAAUACUUCCAUAUUCCUCAGUUUUAUCUUGCCCAUUAGUAUAAAUCAAAUAUAUUUCAUUGAUGAUGGAAACUACCUACAUAUAAUAGAAUAUUUGCAUUAUACUGCAAUCUAUAAUUAAUUAUAGUUAUAAUAAAUAUGCUUUCUAAACAGAAGCUACUGUGAAUAACACUAUGUAAUACUAAAGAACUACAAAGUAUACCGUAUGUCAUGUAACAAUGAUACAAUGUAUAAUUUAGGAUUCUUUAACUGUCAGUGUUCAGAGAUACAUGGAAAAACUAUACUGUUUGCUAGCAUAAAAAGUACCGUAUUUUAUGGACUAUAAGACUCACUUUUUUCCUUGAAAAAUAUCCGCCAAAAUUCAGGAGCGUCUUAUAUGUUUUAACAGUUUAAUAUGUUAAAACUCUGAAAAACUGGAUUAAAAUUAAGGUGCGUCUUAUAUUCUGUAGCGUCUUAUAGUCCGUAAAAUACGGUAAACGUUUGUAAGAGGUAAUAAAAGUGUGCCUAAAGGCAGCCAUUUAUUUAUUUAUUAGCACUGAUCAUUUUGGACAUCAUAAUCAGAUAUGUUUAGCAUGGCUCACAAAAAGGAUGCCUGGUCUUUGAUGGGCGCAGGGGAAACAAGUGGCAGAACUUUGAACAAGCUUUGAUUAAUAUGAAUGCAAUCUUAAUGUACAUUUAAACAUUAAAUGCAGCCCACAAAACAUACCACCACCAGCCUGGCUGCAUGGGCAUACCUAAAUGUGACAGUGUGACUUGAGGGCUUGUAAGAUCUCCUAGAAGCAAUUGUAAUUCACAAGGCUGUGCAUAAUAUACAGUGCAAGGAAACUUACUUUUUAUUAAAAGCAGCUAACUGAAAAUCGUCACAUGCAGCAAUUUUGAAUUAUAUAAAAUUUACAAAUACUAUUAUUAUUAAAGCAAAACAAUACUCUG